CCCAAAAUCGAGAGCUUCGUUCUCUUCCUCUAGCCAAGAGACUUUGUCGAUCGCUGUCGCUAAAUGGAUCGCCGUCGCUUGAAGGGUGAGCUGAAGAAGGAGAGAGUCGAAGAUAAUUGCGAAGCCGAUCAAGAGUCGACUGCCAUGAACUGACCGAAGGAGAGGAGAUCCGAGUUGACUUUUGGUCAGCAGCUUCCGAAUUCGCUAUUCGAGCUUCUCUAGUUAGCCAAUGACUGAUAUGGAUGCGUAGAAUCAGAAGCUAAGCUUCACGGAGAAGAGGAAGAUCGGGAGAUGGAGACUGAGGUUGUUUCGAAGCCGCAUAGGCUCAAGUUUGACGUCUUCCUCAGUUUCCGAGGCGAAGACACGCGCGGCAACAUCACGAAGCGUCUCUACGAGGCGCUUAACGAGAAGGAAAAGAUCCGAGUCUUUUUCGACAACGACGGUAUGAAAAAAGGGGAAGAGGUCGAUCCAAGUCUCGUCGCAGGCAUGGAGGACUCGGCUGCCUCCGUCAUCAUCUUAUCCCCUAAGUAUGCUGAUUCUCACUGGUGCUUAGAUGAAUUAGCUAUGCUCUGCGACCUGAAGAAAUCUCUGAAUCGUUUGAUGAUACCCAUCUUUUACAUGGUCGAUCCCUCGAAUGUCCGCAAACAGAAUGCUCAUUUCGCCAAGGAUUUUGAAAAUCACGCGAAAAGAUUUAGCGAGGAGAAGAUACAGCGAUGGAAGCGAGCAAUGACUUUAGUCGGAAAUCUCUCCGGAUUUGUUUGCAAGGAGUUUGGUAAAGACGACUCAGCUGAUGAUGAGAUGAUAGAGCUUGUGGUGAAAAGGGUUUUAGAAGAAGUGAGAAAUACACCAGAAAAUGUGGGAGAAUUCACGGUUGGGCUCGAAUCACGUGUCGACAGUUUGACGAAUCUGUUUGACAUUGACUCCAAUUCUGGUGUUCAAGUCCUGGGACUUUACGGUAUGGGUGGUAUUGGGAAGACGACUCUUGCUAAAGCUUUCUAUAACAAGAUUGUGGGAAGUUUCAAGCAACGAGUUUUCAUCUCAAACGUUAGAGAAGGGUCAUCAGACCAAGAUGGCUUAGUCAAUCUUCAGAAAACAUUCAUCAAGGAACUUUUCCGUUUGGUAACUGAAAUAGAAGAUGUUAACAGAGGCCUUGAAAAGAUAAAAGAAAAUGUUGCUGAGAAGAAGAUUCUUGCGGUUUUAGAUGAUGUUGAUAAGGUAGACCAGGUUAAUGCCCUGAUUGGUGAAACGAGAUGGUAUGGUGAAGGAAGUCUUAUAGUCAUUACUACCAGAGAUUCUGGGAUUCUGAGUAAGCUCUCAGUGAACCAACAGUAUGAGGUCAAGUGCUUGACUGAGAUGCAGGCGUUGAAGCUGUUUAGUUAUCAUUCACUACGAAAAGCAAAACCAACAGCUGGUUUAUUGGAGUUGUCGAAAAUGAUGGUCGAGAUGACCGGACUGUUGCCACUGGCUGUUAAAGUGUUUGGUUCUCUUUUGUAUGACAAGGAGAAAGAGGAAUGGCAAGCUCUACUGGAGAAGCUGAAAAAUUCCCAACCAAACAAGCUUCAUGGUGUUCUGGCCCUGAGUUUCGAGUCUUUAGACGAUGAAGAAAAGAAAAUAUUUCUCGACAUUGCGUGUCUCUUUAUGAUAAUGAAGAUAACAGAAGAAGAAGUUGUCGACGUGCUAAAAGGAUGUGGGCUAAACGCUGAGGCUGCUCUCAGUGUCCUCAGACAGAAAUCUCUCGUUGAGAUCAAGGCAGACGAUACUAUCUGGAUGCAUGAUCAAAUUAGAGACAUGGGUAGGCAGAUGGUCCGUAAAGAAAACGAUGAGGAUCCUGGAAUGCGAAGUAGACUCUGGGAUCGUGGUGAAAUUAUGAAUGUAUUGAACAAUAUGAAGGGAACAACAUCCAUCCGAGGAAUCGUACUUGACUUCAACAAGAAGUUUCCUAGUGACCCGACUGCAAAUGAAAUUGCAUCCAGGAAUCUACACAAAAAUCCUGGCAAAUUCUCUGUGUUAAAUUACUUGAAGAAUAAACUUGUAAAAUUCCCAGCAGAGGAAAAGCCAAAAAGUUCUGGAAUCACCAUUCCCGUAGAGUCUUUUGUACCAAUGACGAAGUUGAGACUUCUUCAGAUUAAUAACGUGGAACUGGAAGGAAAUCUUAAACUCCUCCCAUCUGAACUCAGGUGGAUACAGUGGAAAGGUUGUCCAUUAGAAAAUCUCCCCCCAGAUUUUCUUGCUCGGCAACUUGCUGUUCUUGAUCUUUCAGAGAGUAGAAUAAGAAAUAUCCCGAGUUUCUGUAGUAAAAAUGUGGAUGUGAAUUUGAAGGUUGUAAAUUUGCGUGGUUGCCAUAGCUUAGAAGCCAUUCCUGAUUUAUCAAAUCAUAAAGCCCUAGAGAAGCUUGUUCUGGAGCGAUGCAAGCUUCUGGUGAAGGUUCCUACAUCAGUUGGUAAUCUUAAAACAUUGCUUCACCUGGACUUCAGAAACUGUUUGAACCUUGCUGAAUUUCUUGUUGAUGUUUCUGGACUGAAGCAUGUUGAAAAACUUUUCCUCUCUGGCUGUUCAAAUCUGAGUGUGUUACCAGAAAAUAUUGGUGCCAUGACAUGCUUGAAAGAGCUUCUACUUGAUGGAACAGCAAUAAAUAACUUGCCGGAAUCUAUAUACCGCCUCCAAAAGCUUGAGGAGCUUAGUCUAAAGGGUUGCAGAUCUAUUCAAGAGCUACCUAUGGGCAUAGGAACGUUAACAUCACUGGAGAAGCUAUAUCUUGAUGAUACUGCAUUGAAAAACCUUCCGAGUUCUAUAAAAUAUCUGAAACAUCUCAAGAAGUUGCAUUUAGGACGCUGCAGAUCCCUUUCUGAGAUUCCGGACACUAUCAAUGAGCUUAGAUUAUUGAAGGAAUUUUUCAUUAACGGAAGCGCGGUGGAGGAGCUACCUGCUAUAAAAUCAGGCUCACUGCCAUGUUUAACUGACUUUUCAGCAGGAGAAUGCAAAUAUCUGAAACAGGUUCCGAGUUCAAUUGGUGGACUGAGUUCUCUUCUCCAACUUCAGUUGAAUAGUACCUUAAUUGAAACUCUACCAAAAGAGAUUGGUGACUUGCAUUUCAUUCGCAAACUUGAGUUAAGAAACUGCAAAUUUCUGAAGUUUUUGCCUGGAUCAAUCGGAGAUAUGGACACACUCCAAAGCUUAGACCUUGAAGGCUCCAACAUUGAGGAACUACCCGAAGAGUUUGGCAAGCUUGAAAAGCUAGUCACACUCCGAAUGAACAAGUGUGAAAUGCUCAAGAAGCUUCCUGAAUCAUUUGGAGACCUGAAAUCUCUUCGCUAUCUAUACAUGCAGGAAACUUUGGUGGUAGAGCUGCCACAAAGCUUUGGAAACCUGUCAAAUCUAACGGUAUUGAAAAUGCUUAAAAGGCCUCUUUUUAGAAGUUUUGGGGGUGGUGCUCCAGGUACAAGCAAAGAAUUACCAAAAUCUUUCUCAAAACUCGUGUCGCUCGAGGAACUGAAUGCGUGCAGUUGGGGAAUAUCUGGUAAAAUUCCAGAUGCUUUUGAGAAGCUUUCGUCUCUAAAGAUACUGUAUCUUGGGAAUAAUUAUUUUCACAGUCUUCCGGCUAGCCUGAAGAAGUUAUCAAGUCUCAAAGAACUUUCAUUGUAUGACUGCCGAGAGCUCAAGUGUAUUCCUCCUCUCCCAUGUAAACUAGAGCAGCUAAACCUGGCAAACUGCUUGUCAUUGGAGAGUGUAUCCGACCUUUCAGAGCUGACAGUCUUGCACGAGCUCAAUCUCACAAACUGUGAGAAAGUGAAUGAUAUCCCAGGCCUAGAGAAAGUGACGGCUUUGAAACGAUUAUACAUGAGUGGAUGUAACUCUACAUGCUCCCGUGAAGUUAAGAAAAGACUUUCCAAGGCUUCUUUGAAAAUGAUCCGGAAUCUCAGCUUGCCUGGAAACAGAAUCCCGGACUGGUUUUCACAAGGCCCUCUCACAUUCUCAGCUCAACCGAACAGAGAGCUCAGAGGUGUAAUAUUGGCUGUUGUUGUGGCUCUUAACCAUGAAAAUAAAGAUGAUUACCAGCUGCCUGAUGUGAUGGAGGUUCAAGCCCAAAUUCUCGACAUUGAUCACGUCGCGUUUUACACCCACACGUUACACCUUUGUGGAGUGCCCAUAACAAGUAAUGAUCAACUCCACAUCUGCCGAUACCCAGCUUUGCAUCCAAUGGUUAGGUCGUUUAAAGACGGGUACACCAUUCAAGUGAUCAAACGAGAACCACCAUACAAACCAGGCGUUGAACUAAAGAUGCAUGGGAUUCAUCUGGUUUACGAGGGCGAUGAUGAUAUUACAGAAGAAGAACGUUUCUUAAACGAGACACAGCAAACCGUUUCGCAGAAACUUGCCAAUUUUUUCAGCUCCUUCAAAGAAGAAGGCGAUGCUACUGUAACAUGAUUUGCUACAGAGAGUCAAAAGUGUCCUGCUCAGUACUCCAACAAAUGGUACUCUCUCCCUCUUUCUGAUGUAUAUGAAACAAGCAUCCCCACUAUAGUAACAUGCCCAUUGUUCAGGUGAUACAAGUUUGCCCAAAAACGUUGCCUCUCUUUUCGUUAUGUCACAAAAUGGAUUCUCGGUCGUUAUGUGAGAGAAGCCUAAAUCUGCCUUUGGUUUAUGUUAUGAAGAAUAAAUUAGUUUCAUUUUGAUUCAUUUGUCUUGAAGGUCUGUUGACUAGUUCUAAGUAGAAUAAGUCUUGCUUUCGAUUCUUUAGGAAGCAAGUACAAGUUUGUUAUGCAUUUGUUUCGGUCAAUUUGUUGUACGUGACUCCAGUCUAUUUAAGUGACUUGUUUAUUCUGUUUUCAGUAUCAAUCAGAGAAGCAUUC